UCUUGUGGUGCGGCGUGACCCGCUGCCUUGGAAACGCGGAGCGUGUGCUCAGGACUGGAAGAGCUAGUCAGGGUUGGGGGUCUGGUGGCGGGACGAGGGACUACGGCCCGGACAGGAUGCUGUGCGCGGGAGGACUGGGAGGCCUUGGAACCCGGGCAGCGGUUCUGCAGUGGCAGCCCGCGCUCCUGGGCGGCCUCGGAGCCGGAGUCCGGGCCCGAGGGGUCAGCACCAGCUGGUCCUCUGUAGGCGCCGCCUUCAAUGUGAAGCCUCAGGGCUUCCGCCUGGACCUGUUCGGCGAGCGCCGGGGUCUUUUUGGAGUUCCUGAGCUCUGUGCUCCAGAAGGAUUUCGUAUUGCGCAAGAAAAUGCCUUGAGAAAGACAGACUUACUAGUGGAGCGCGUGUGUAGUAUGCCUCCUGGACCCCAGACUGUGCUUAUCUUUGAUGAGCUCUCUGAUUCCUUGUGCAGAGUGGCUGACUUGGCUGAUUUUGUGAAAAUUGCUCACCCUGAGCCAGCAUUCAGAGAGGCUGCAGAAGAAGCUUGUAGAAGUAUUGGCACCAUGGUAGAAAAGUUGAAUACAAAUGUGGAAUUAUAUCAAAGUUUGCAAAAAUUACUAGCUGACAAAAAACUUGUGGAUUCUCUGGAUCCAGAAACCAGGCGCGUGGCAGAACUGUUCAUGUUUGAUUUUGAAAUCAGUGGAAUCCAUCUAGACAAAGAAAAGCGUAAAAAAGCAGUGGACCUGAAUGUUAAAAUCUUGGAUUUGAGUAGUUCGUUUCUUAUGGGAACCAACUCUCCCAAUAAAAUUGAAAAGCAGCUCUUACCAGAACAUAUCCGCCAUAACUUUAUACUCACUGGUGAUCAUGUGGUAAUUGAUGGUCUACAUGCAGAAGCACCUGAUGACCUGGUACGAGAAGCUGCUUAUAAGAUUUUUCUUUAUCCCAAUGCUGGUCAGUUGAAAUGUUUAGAAGAAUUGCUCAGUAACAGAGAUCUUCUGGCAAAGUUAGUUGGGUAUUCUACAUAUUCCCACAGAGCUCUUCAAGGAACAAUAGCUAAAAAUCCAGAGACUGUCAUGCAAUUCCUUGAGAAACUAUCUGACAAACUUUCUGAAAGAACGAUAAAAGAUUUUGAGAUGAUACAAGGGAUGAAGAUGAAACUAAAUCCUCAAAAUUCUGAAUUAAUGCCUUGGGAUCCCCCCUACUACAGUGGUGUGAUUCGUGCAGAGAGGUAUAAUAUCGAGCCCAGUUUAUAUUGCCCAUUUUUCUCCCUUGGAGCAUGCAUGGAAGGCCUGAAUAUUUUGUUUAACAAACUACUAGGAAUUUCAUUAUAUGCAGAGCAGCCUGCUAAAGGAGAGGUGUGGUGUGAAGAUGUACGAAAACUGGCUGUUGUUCAUGAAUCUGAGGGAUUGUUGGGGUAUAUUUACUGUGAUUUUUUCCAGCGAGCCAACAAACCAUACCAGGAUUGCCAUUUUACAAUCCGUGGAGGCAGAGUAAAGGAAGAUGGAGACUAUCAACUUCCUGUUGUAGUUCUUAUGCUGAAUCUCCCCCACUCCUCAAGGAAUUUACCAACUUUAUUAACUCCUGGAAUGAUGGAAAAUCUUUUCCAUGAAAUGGGACAUGCCAUGCAUUCUAUGCUGGGACGCACUCGAUACCAGCAUGUCACUGGGACCAGGUGUCCCACUGACUUUGCUGAGGUUCCUUCUAUUCUGAUGGAGUACUUUGCAAAUGAUUACCGAGUAGUGAACCAAUUUGCAAGACAUUAUCAAACGGGGCAGUCAUUGCCCAAAAAUAUGGUGUCUCGUCUGUGUGAAUCUAAAAAGGUUUGUGCAGCAGCCGACAUGAAACUUCAGGUCUUUUAUGCCAUUCUUGAUCAAAUCUACCAUGGGAAACAUCCCCUGAAGAGGUCAACCACAGACAUUCUCAAGGAAACACAGGAGAAGUUUUAUGGCUUACCAUAUGUUCCAAAUACUGCCUGGCAGCUGCGAUUUAGCCACCUUGUGGGUUAUGGUGCCAAAUAUUACUCUUACUUGAUGUCCAGGGCAGUAGCGUCCAUGGUGUGGAAAGAAUGCUUUCUUCAGGAUCCUUUUAACAGAACACAGCCCAAAGCUGACAGGAAACUAAAGAUCCAUGAGGCGUUCUUACAGUCCAGAUCACUCUUAAGCCCUUCUCACGAACUGAUUGUAGAUAGUGGGAAUCCACCUUUAGAAAAAGGUGUGGGUAACCGCAGUCUUGUAGCAGAGAAAAACUUCAAAGUAGGAGGAUAUUGUCCACAGUGGCCAAAAAUCCCAAACAAAAGGCUGUUUGUGCAAGAUAGUGCUGUCCCAUCAAUGAGGGACUGGAACUCAUGGCACACUGGCAAGCAGUGGGCCAAUGUCCAACUCACUGUGGCAGCUGGAGGUGCUCACAGGUAUCUUUUCCCCCUUGUGGUAGUCUUCAGUGGAUGGCUGAUCUUUUCUUUAUUUGCAGGCAUGCUUCAGAAGAGUCCUUCUGUCGAUGACUUUGUAGAUGCCCUUGUUGGUGACUUGGAUCUGGACUUUGAAACUUUUCUCAUGGAUUCUGAAUGACGGAAAUGCCUUGAAUUUUUCAAUCAAGAUCAUGUCAAUAUUACCUUUACUAUAAAUGCUGCAGCUGUGAGACUCGUUUCUAACUUCAGCAUUCACUUCUGGACAACCUUAAACUAAGGAACUUGGAAUAAAUAAUUUGUUUUAAUUAUGCUGGCUUUUAGCCUGUUCAGCAGUUUUGGAGCAUAUGGAAAUUCCUUAGAAAACACCACAGCAAUGCAGUUUCAGGUGUGGGCAUUUCCUUAGUCCAACCACUCUCUUGUUAAACUUCUCCCCCAUUCCAUUGAUAUUUACUUGGCUAAAUUAGAGACUUAAGAAUAAGCCCAAACACUUUACUGUCAUACAUUCUUCACAAAGAUUACACAUACAAUUCUUUUGAAUGAUUACUAUUCUUAAGGCCACUUGACUAGGCUUUAAAAAUGCACUUGGAGUAGUCAUUUACAGUGACCACUAAACCAAAUACAGUAUCCAAAGUACCUGUAAUUAAAUACAAGUAUAAUUAAUAAAUGAUGU